AUGCCGUGGCAGGUGCCGCUGGAGGAGUCGUGUCUGUCCUUCUCGAGGAACCGCCUAGGCCAGCCUUUUGACCUGAUCAAAGUGAGGCUCCAGGUUCAUAAUUCGAGCAACGCACUUCGGGUGGUUUCCGAUAUCUUCCGGAAUGAAGGGCCGUUGGCCUUCUACAAGGGAGCCUUGUUACCUUUCUUGGGGGUGGGAGCAGCGGUAAGCAUACAGUUUUCUGUGUUUCACAGCGCAAAGCACGCUCUUGAACGUCUCAAAGACCAAUCCUCCCAUUCAAAUGGACGGAAACUUUCCAACCUGGACUUUUACUUGGCUGGCGGAGCUGCGGGCCUCGCAAACAGCAUUGUAUCAGGUCCUGUAGAGCAUAUCCGGAUCCGCCUUCAGAUGCAACCCGCCGGCACCAGGAGACUGUACUUCGGGCCGUGGGAUUGUAUGAGGAAGAUAUCUGGCGCGGCUGGGAUCAAGGGAGUAUUCAAAGGCCAGAACAUUGCCGUGCUGCGUGAGUUUCAAGCCUACGGUUGCUACUUUGUGGCGUUCGAGGCUUGCAUACAGAUGAUGGCCGAUGCAAGAGAGAAAAGGCGUGAGGAUCUGCCGACCUGGUCAGUCGCGUCUUGCGGUGCGUUGGCCGGUGUGGCGUUCUGGUUUGGAAGCUAUCCGCUCGAUGUGAUCAAGACGAAAUUACAGAACGACGGAAUCGGCCCAGAUCGACAGUACAAGAGUGCUUGGACAGCGACGGUGCAGACCUGGAAGGGUGGGAAGUUCCCUGCGUUCUUCCGGGGGCUUGGUCCUACUUUGCUAAGGACCGUGUUAUCAUCCUCUGGGACAUUCGCCGUGUAA